AUGGACGAAGUUUAUCAAAUCUGCUCCACAGAAAGGACCCAGCUGUUAGAGAGAGAACUGGUUGCACAGCUGAGUGAACUGAGGGCUGAGAUGGAAGAACAGGGGAGCCUUCAGGGACCAGCUGGCAGGGCUUACAGCUCUGUUCAAAUACCAAAAGACAUUUCUUACUUUAGAAGAGAAAGGGAGCUGGCACUGAAGAAAACCUUAUGGGUGGCCCACGCGAAGCCCCUUGUUAUUCAGGCAGAUGUCCUGCAGAGGGAGCUAGAGAGCUGCCUAAGGAGAGAGUACACGUCGGAAAAUCUCCCUUUGCUUCUGUUGCAGUAUUACACAGAGAGAAUUACACAGCUGGUUCAGAGUAAAUAUUUACACAUGCUGAGGUGGAAGCGGUUUUGCCAGCACAGUGAGACAAUGGAGCAACUCUACCCUCUGUACAAGAAACAAGUCAGCUACAUUAUGAAGGAGUUCAAUGACGCAGUUCAGAGAGCUGAAAGACUCUCAGUUGCUCGAGAAAACUUCCUUAUGGGAAAAAGCAAUCCUCGGAACCUAGUGACACAGGAAGACCUGAUGAUUUAUACAAGGUGGUUAGUGUGUCACCUGCACUCUCUCAGGACCAUCCACCACUACCUGCAGGCCCUCCAGUAUUUGCCCAUCUUGAAAGUGCUGAGUCUAGCUGACAACCAAGUUCCUGAGUGUGGUAAGGAAAAUGAAAAGGUCUGUGUCAAUGACAUUACCCCUGACAUCCAAGACUCUAGAUCUCCUGGUCCUAUGGACACCAGCAUUUCAGGGCCAGUAAGAGAAGAUGCUGCUUUUGUCCUGCCCCAGCACACAACAGACCCAGAAGAGCUGAAACCUCAGCUGAGGCACCUGCUCUCCCAUUUCCAUGUCUCGUGUGACCUGCAGGAGCUGAGGGACUCUGCGAAGGAGAUGGAACUCUUUUCCUUGGUUUCCCAAAAAUUCCAAAGCAUCUUCACGGAGCAACAAAGAAUGCGGACAUUUCCAGACUAUGAGGCAGGGACAGCUAAAGUGGAUUUCACAGGACCUGCUAUGACCCUAAAAAAGAGAGCUACCUGGAUCCCCUUUGUGAAGAUCAAACCAAAAUAUGAUCCUUGGCAAAAGAAGAUGUUGACCAAACUCAAAGAAAGGAGAAGAAUAGAUGUACUAAUGCAACUCCAAGCAAAGUUUUUGAAGAUUUCCAACCCCAAGCGCGUCAUGCAAGUACUCCAGGAUCAUGCUGCAAAAACAGUCAUGGUGGCUCCACAUCACUCAUCUUUCCCGACCUCCCAGGGUUUGCAUCAGUGCAACUAUGACCAAAUCUGGGAGAAUAUUUAUAGCAACAUCAACCUCUACCAGAAUGAAAAUGUGAAGGAUGAUGGCUUUUCAGUGGAACAAAACAACUAUGACCUCACACAGAUAAGUCUCAGUCAAGGUGCUGAUCGGCCUCUCGAGAAGAAAACAGAGUCAGGGUACAACUAUGCAAUGGUCCUCCAACUGCUGGGCUUGGAUGAUGGCACUGAGCCCAGUGACAGGAAUCCUGUCCUGAUGAGAGGGGCAUACUUGUCUUUUCUGUGUCUGCGCCACCUGCACAUCCGGGAACUACAGCGCAUCUGUUUGGGAGUUCUGAACUAUUUCAGAUCUGUUGAGCGAACUUUGACCAUUAAUACUUCAGGCCUUACCUUGGUUUCAGGGAACCUGGUCCCUACCAUAGAAGAUAGUUCUUGGGUAAAUAUGGUAAAAGGAGGCUUGGGCACCUGUCAAGGCCUAGGACCUCAGCACUAUGUCCACAGGACACCUGCUGAGCACAAGGUCCACAGUGUUCGAUUCAUGGAGUUUUCAGAAGUGGAGAACCAGGAUGACUUCUACAGCACAGGAGCUGGCUGUGUCCACACCCAGGACCAGCAAGGUGCCUAUGUCAUGUAUGAUGAAGCCUUGUGGGAUCUGGAAGAACUAGAGGCAGAAUUGCUGCUCGUUGCCAGCCAUUACAUUGAGAAAGAAAAAGGUCACAAAGAGGACAGCAAAUCAGAGAGAAGCCAGUGCUGGGCCUGGGCCCAUGCCAGUGUGGACAGAUUUGCUGUGCUGUAUGACCUGUGGACCUGGGAAGCAGCCCUUCUAGAAAGCAGACGUCAGCUUCUUGAUACUUACUUUGAAGCCUACCAGCACACUCUAGACCCUGAAGAGAGAUUCACCUUAGCACAAGUGAUGACUGACAUUAUGCAUCGGCGCCCCAAAUUUGAUCUCGGCCACUCCUAUUUCAUUAAAGCCUACCAAGACGAAUGCACCUGUCUGAGGCUUCACCUACUGCUAGUAAAGGGCAUCUUCAGCCAUCAUCUGGAGCAGCAGCGGGAGUACGUCCAGAGGCUCUGGCGAGGACAUCACGCAGAUGAUAGCGAGACAUUCGGACUUCCCCUGAAUGUAAUCACUAAGCAACCUGUUUCCAUCAACAACAGCUGCCCAGCUGCAGAGAAUGUUCAUCUGCUGGAAUUUCACCCUUCCCUGGGUCUGGUUGGGCUCAUCCCCAAAGCCCUUGAGCACCUGCUGCGUGAGGCCCACCUCACCCACAAGCCGGUAUCAGCCAGUGGCCUUGUCCUGCUGGAGCGACACAUCUUGCAGCUAGCCCUGGACCUAUGGCUCACCCCAACCAAGGCUGAGGCCUGGUACAGUGCACAUCUGCAGAAAGAUCUCUUUUCAGCUAAAGUGAUGGGCGAUCCCUUUCUUGUGGAGGAAGUAGGACUGCUUGCACUCAAGUCUGCAGUGGAUGAAGGACAGAAACAAGGCCAAGACUCCCGUGCACUGCUCCUGGACACAUUUUCCAAGCUUCUGGAACUCCUGACUCUCCGCCACCGGCUGAUAGGCAUGAAUGUGGAGAGUGCACACGUGGCCCGGCUGUAUAAGCAAUUGGCACAGGAAAUGGGUUUUGAAGAGUUCCAUUUGUAUCUGAGGCCUGUUCCCUUUGAGUCUGCAUCACACAAAGACAAGGUGGACCCACCCCCUCCUGUCUUCAUAACAUCUCUCCUAGAGGACAAUGGUCGGGUAGACAGAUACUCUCCCACUGCCCUAGUCUUAGCCAUUUCUGAGCUGGAUGAUAGCCACGUUGGCAAAUUUAGUUUUUAUACGAAAGAAGCCAUUCUUAAGCUUUUACGCCAAUCAGGAGUGGAAAAUAUGCAAGUGACCCUCGCAUGCCAAGCUGUUCAGAAAAAUGCUUUGAUAGUGGCUGUUCAACAGGCGUCCUUCUAUCACACCCCUCGAGUGGACUGUCCAGCUGAUGUCAAGGAAACAAGAAGUUCAGAUCUGAGGAAUCAUGGUGGAGUGAGUCCAACCAGAAGAGAUUCCAGAACUCCGCCUGGCACAGAGAGCUUGCUGUCCCCCUCACCUUCCAAAGUCCCUGGCACCCUUAUCCAUUCUUCAGCAAGAGUUCAAACUGCAAAAAGGGCUCCAGAGGCCUUUGUAUCUAUUCAACUAGAAAAGGCAAGGUUGCGGGACAUGAUGUUGAACGCCUUCCUCCUCAAAAAACAGACCAUUGCUGACAGAACGAAGAGCUCUGAGGACAUUGGAAAAGUCAAGAGGGAGGUGAUUGUUGAAUAUUGUCAAAAGUUGAAUUGCCAGAUGUCUCACUAUGCCCUUCGGGGUCAGAUCAUGGCGUACUGCAAUAGCCUGACAGCCCUGCUGGCAGACUUUCCUACCAUCAAGGAUACUUUUUUCAUGGUGGGACAACCACAGGAGAAGAAGGGCUUGAAGGGCUCCAAAGAGGACCUAAAGGCUGAUCCCAGCAGGAGUUUCCAGCCUCGGCCUCGGAGCUUGCUAUCAGAUGAUGGGAAAGUCUUCCUCAACUUAUGGUUUAUCCCCCAUCCUUCCGAAGUGCUGUUUAUGUACAAAACUCUGCCAGAAAAGGCUGCUUUUAAAGCCUUAAAGCUAACCCUCCAGCUGAUAGCUUCACUCCACGAUAUUGUGGCCUACCUUUUCAGCUUUGCCAAACUGGGCAAUUGUUCAGCAUGCUUUGAAUUUCCUUUAAGUCCUAACCCUUUGAGAAGUGAUUGGGGAGGAACCGAAGGCAUUGGAUCUGAGCUACAAGAACUGCAGAAAAUGCUUGACAGCCUCCAGAGUCCCCAGGACCCGAGCCAGGUGGCCCAGGCCCUCCUCCUCCGCAGGGAGGUGAUGCUGCUGCAGUUUGAUGCUGCUGUAAGGCAUCUUCUCCGAACAUUUUUGGCAGCCGGAAAUGUUCCCGCCUACCAGUCUGUCACAGAUGGUGCAUACCAUGGUUUGCCACCACUGAGCAGUUCUCUCAGGAAGAGCAUUUUUGCUUCGCAGCUCAGCCUGCCCCCGCCGCUGGAUCCACAGAGCCUCCAGGCAUUUGUGCUGUUCCCUUGGAGAACAUUUCUGGAAGAUGGUGGACCAUUUCCAUUUAUGAAUAGCACCCCAAACACCCUAGAGCAUGAUAUGCAGAUGUGCCUCUGUGGACUGAGUAACCGUGACCGCAAGGUGGCCCAUGGAGAGCUGGUGGGUGUGCAGAUGUUAUUGGAAGAUGUGCUUCUGAGCAGCUAUUCUCUGAUCAUGGAGGGUUCUCCUGAGCCACAAACCACGAUGGACCAAAAUACACAGCUAGAUUGGUCCAAACUAACAGCACUCAGAAGUCAGCUGGAAGGCCACCCAAAAACUGCUGCAGUGCUGGAGGGGCCUAGUGAUGCAGUGAUGUCUCUUGCUUUGCUGAGAUCCUUCCUCAUCCUGUGGAAACAGCUGGAAGUGCUGAAGGAGCACUGGGGCCGACUCAAGCUUCAAGGCCAGGAUGUCAAUUCUGGCCCCCUCUACAAACAGUUCUCAGAGCUCUAUAAAGUUGACAUUUUCUACCCCAGCAUGAAAGCUUUAGCCAGGCAAAUAGGCAAAGAAGAUGAGUUUGAAGGACUUAUUUUAAGUAGUCAGUCUAUUCUUCCCCCAAAAGGAGCUUCAGAAAUUGAAAUAAAAACUCAACAGCUUCAGAAACUUCUGGAAAGUUUAGAAAUUCAUAUGCUCCAAGAGGUAUUAAGAACAGUUAACAGCGAGAUGACACUGAUUUUGUCAGAGAAAGCCAAGAAGGAGUGUACCCUCCCAACAGAUCUUUGGAAACACCAAGUCAUGAAAGAAAACUUUUCAGUUGGAAGACCCCAGAUAGUUGAAAAAUUUAUACAGAGAUUAAUGGAGAAUUCCCAAGAUGGUGGACCAGAGAUCACUUUCAGGAGGGACCACCUUGAAGCCUGCCUCCUCUCCCUGGGUUGUGAUGUGAUGGCAAGAGAACGCAGCAACUUUGAGACUUAUUCCAUGUGUUAUGAGCAUGUGUUGCAACAUGCCAGGCAGAAGCUCAGCCAGAAGGAGAAGGAAGUAGAGAUGCUACGAAGAAGUCAAGUUCCUCCUGAAGACCUUGCUGGUCAGGUUGCGGAGCUCAGUCAUGCUCUGAUCAUGGAAACCACUGCUCUGAGAGCCCAGCUCACAGACUUGGAAGAGGAGAAUCUGAAUCUGAAAACACAGAUUAGAAAAGAAGUUCAGGAAGAAUAUGAAACAUUAGUCCAAGCUUUGUUUAUGACCUGUUUACACAUAAAGGAGAAGCUGGAUGAGAAUCAGCUUAAUUUGAUCCAGAAAGUGUGUGAGCUCAUCGGUGAAGUGAGAGCCGAAGGGAUAGCCAACUUGAAGGAGCUAAAGAAAACCUGGGGCUCUGCCAGACCAGAUGAAGGAACAAAAGAGAGCCUGGCUAAAGAGCAGCAGUGGGGCUCGGAGCAGGACCACAGCAGCACCCUGGCUGCCCUAGUGUGCAAAGCACGGAGCCUAGGCCGCUGGCGGCUGGCUGUGCAGCAGGCCCGCUUCCGAGGCCAGCUGAGCAGGGCAGAGAAGGAAUCUAUUCAAAGUAAAAAAGAGUGCCUGGGAAUCAAACUAAUGGCAGAGCAAGAAGUGGGUCUACUUCGCCAACAGUUGCUGGCUGUGAGGCAGGCACUGACCAGGGCUCAGACUGACAACAUGCGGCUGUGGAAGCAGCAGAACACACAGGCUCAACUGCUGAGGGAGUUGGAACACAGAGUGACCCAAGACUCUGUCACUUGGCAACAGCUGGAUAUACUAAAAACAUCCAGCAUGGAGAAGCUCCUGGAAGAUGUGGGACAAAAAGAACAACAGCUGCAGCUUCUAACUGAAGAGGCUGAGCGGGCUUCCAAACUGAGCCAGCUACAGCGGAAGAAGAUGGACCGAGAACUCCAGCAGAUGAGAGGCCGGCUUGUCCAGGAGCGUAGUGUGAAGCUGGAUGCUUUCCAGCGUGUACAAGAGCUGCAGAGUCGGCUUCAUGACACUGAGCAGCUGACGAUCCAGAUGAGCUCCACAGAUGGGAUUAUAUCCCAGGCUCACUGCUCCAUAAACUCUGCUUCUGCGUCAUCCAGAUACUCCCAUCGACAUCUUCCAAAGACUAAUCUUAUGGGCAAUAAAAUGACAAGAAGAAUUCAAAGACCAAAGACUGUACCGAUUAAGCACAAAAAAAGGAUUGAUGAUGCUUUGCCCAAUGCGGCAGAAAAUGUGCAACUUACAACUUUUCAAGUCCAAACAGCUCCAUCCAGAAUUUCAUCCAGACCUCACUGGUAAUUUUUUGGGCAAAUUUUAUUUUCUGUGUGCAUUUGAAUGAAUAAGAGUGACUCCAGCUCCAUUCAACUUUUCCUCUAGUUUUUCUUACCAGUACUUGGAAGGCAAUAGUGAAGACCUGUGAUGAUGGUGUAGUCAGUGUCCAGAUAAAGCAGAAUUGGCCCCAAAUCUUAAAAUACAGCCUUAAUUUUCAUUUCUACAAGCCAUCUCUUGUUUCUGGUGGCCCAGCAGCCUCUCAGUUUGAGUUUUUCAGUUACAAGGUAGAUUGGAUCAGCCAAGAC